UUCGUAUUUAAUUUCAUUGAAAUAUGCAAAGUUAAAUGACAACCGUGUCAAAUAUUUUAUUCGGGAACAAGUAUUAUUUCCAGAUCUAGUUUUAAUAAUGGCUGAAACUAAUCACACCUACAUCGAUUAUGUAGACAUCGGAGAUCCAUUCGAAUACGAAGACUACGAAUACGACGAAUACAUGAAAAUUUCGUCUGCUUUAACAAUUUUUCAAAAAAUCACCGACGUUUUUGAGUUAUUUUAUUACACCCUCAUCGUUUUAACCGACAUUAUUCUCAUUAUUUUAAUACUUGGUAAUAGUAAAUUGAAAGGGAUCAAAUCGAACAGAUCGAUAAUGCAUUUCAGUGUAUUUAAUUUGAGUUUAAUUUUAUCGUUUCCUAUGUUUUCGAUUAUAUUCCCUUUAUUCAAUUUGAAUAGAUUCGUUAAUCGGAAUUUUUAUUGUUUCGAAUUUCAGAUACAAUCCACUGCAGUUCUAGGAAUCUUCUUAACUGGUUUCGUACUGUCCUUUCAUUGGCUGGUCGAUAUUAAUUACCAAACCGCGAAUCCUGUUUUCAAAACAUUCGAUUCCUUCUCGAUUCUCAUCACUUACGUAUUAUGUUUUCUCAAAUUAAUAAUCGAUAUUCCUUUUUGUUUUCUACAUAUAAAUGGAUGGAAUGUUAUAAUAUUAAUGCUUUUAGUUUUAUUUAUAAUAAUUUUCGUACUAGUUUGCGAUUGCAAAAGAAAAACUAUAAAUAAACAAAAAAAUUAUCCAUUAACCAUAGCUAAUAUUAUAAUUUUAAGUUGGAUGCCUUUGUUCAUAUUUCAAUUGUUAAUCGAAUCGUUAAGAUUCGAAUAUAUAGCGAGACAAAUUCUAGAAUCGAUUCUUUUCAUACCGGAAUUAAUGGCGUUCGGAAGUCCUAUUAUAAUAAUUAUUUGGUUAGGUUUUAAUAAUAAACAAUUUAAAUCUGGCUUAAAAAAUAUUUUAAAUCGAUUUCCGUGCCGUUCGAAUGUUGAUUAUACCAUUAAAGAUGAUUCUGAAGAUGACGAAGAUGUUGGUAAUGGAGAAGAUGAAGCUGCUAUUUUGUAACAAAUUUAUAUUAUUCCAACAAAAAAAUCCAUAAAAUUAAAGGUAAUUACUAUUAUAUAUUACUAAGAAAAUAUUUAAAGAAAUAGUAUUACUUUAGUAUUAAUAUGGUUUUCUUUAUUUAUCUAUGGUCUGUCAUCGAUGUCACAAAUGUCAUUGUCACAAGUGUCAAUUUUGAUUAAUCGGAAUAAGAUAAUAGAAGUUAUUUAAUGUAGGUCAAGAAAUAUUGUUUAUUUAAGAGAGAGUUAAAGAAAUAAACAUGUUUAUUUCGAUUCAUUUGAAAAUCAUCUUAUAAAACGACAUUUGAUUUGUGAAAUUUGAAUAAAAAAUAAAUGACGAGGUUUGUACAAGUAUGGAUUGAUGUCACAUUUAGGUCCGGCUAUGAAACCAUUUGAAAUAAUGGCAAUAGACACAAUGGGAGGAUUUGGAGGAUCAAGGUUAACAAAAAAAAAUAUUUAUAUUUGUUAGUAGAUCAUUUUACAAGAUAUACUUAAGUUUUAACUUCAAAGACACAAACAGCUGAUGAUUUCAUAAAACUUAUAAAGCAUCACAAACAGAAAAUGUUUGUAUGAUUUCAACUGAUCAAUAUCCAGGGAUAAAUUCAAAGGAAUUUAAAGAAGUUUUAAAAGAUCAAGAAAUACUUCUGAUAUUUACAGUAGUAAAUGUACCAUUUACAAAUGGUUUAAAUGAAAGAUUGAAUCAAACUUUAGUAAAUAAAAUUGAAAGUACAAUAAAUGAAGGACGGAAAAGCUUGGACAACAAUAGCUUAAGAAUGUAUGAAUAAAUAUAAUGAAACCAAUCACUCAGGAACCGGAUUUAUACCAAGUUAUUUACUGUAUGGAAAAUAUGUAAGGAUUUUACCGAAUGAAUUAAAACUGGAAAAGUUAUUCUUUAACACUAGUUGGGAUACAGACACAAGUGUCUAAUUUGAUUAAUUAGAAUCAGAUAAUAGAGGUUAAUUAAUGUAGGUCAAGAAAUAUUGUUUAUUUAAGAGAGAGUUGAAGAAAUAAACGUGUUUAUUUCGAUUAAUUUGAAAAUCAUCUUACCUUAGCUAAUACAAAGUUUGGGACUUUUAUUUGUCCAUUUUUUUAAACAAGUGGUACAGAACAAUACAAAAAAGGUUUGGAUAGGCCAAAAUACUUGUCUAUUAAAAAUAAAGGGAGAAAUAUUUACAAAAUUCUUUUAAAAUUCAUACUAGUAAUUUUUUAUAUUAAAAUUAUUAUUUGUGAAUAUAACUUUGUUCAAAAAUCAAAAUUCAAACUCAUAUACAUAAAUAAUCAGUAUGACAGAAUGUUCCCAACAGAAAGCAGCUUGUAAGAAUUUAUACAAUGAUGUUUUAAGCAAUCCAAUAGAAUGUGGAGUGCCUCAAGGUUCAAUAUUCCGUGCUACAAUGUUUCUAAAACUACGCUGACUACGAGAAUGUAUUGUGAUGGUUCAAGAAGUAACUGGCCCAACAAAACACAACAAAUUUGGAAAAAAUAUAGACAAAAAAAGACAUUUCUACAAAAUAAACAAACAGAAAUAAUUAAAUAGUUGUAAAACCAUAAUAUAAACCACUCGCUGAAUUCUAGAAUUCAAUUAUAACCGAACUGGACCUGCUCCGCGGUCCGUGUUAUGGACGAGUUCGGAACAAUUUCUAUACAUUUAUAUUUUAUUUGUUUUGUAGUUAUUUACAAGGUCUUGUCCAUAAAUUACAAGCAAUUUUUCGACAUUAAAACGUUCUUAGUUUCUCGUGAAUCAAAUAUUUUAGGAAAAAAUGGACUUUAGCUGUUUGGAAGUUUUAUUAUAUAUGUUAUAAUUGUACAAAUGCUAUUUUCCACGAAAAUAAUCGAUCUAUAACUUGAAAUAAUUGAAAAUAAAUGAUACGUCUAUGGACUAGGAA